AUGAAGAUGCUGAUGUGUGACCGCGGCGUCCAGAUGCUCGUGACGACGGUGGGCGCGUUCGCCGCCUUCAGCCUCAUGACCAUCGCCGUCGGUACCGACUACUGGCUGUACUCACGCGGGGUCUGUCGCGUGAAGAGCAGCGGCGACAACGACACGAGCCGCAAGAACGAGGAGGUGAUGACGCACUCCGGCCUCUGGCGAACCUGCUGUCUGGAAGGAACAUUCAGAGGUGUGUGUAAGAAAAUUGAUCACUUUCCAGAAGAUGCUGACUAUGAAGCAGAUGCUGCUGAAUACCUCCUCCGUGCUGUGCGUGCCUCCAGUAUCUUCCCCAUCAUGAGUGUGGGUCUACUGUUCCUGGGGGGUCUCUGUGUGGCCGCCAGCGAGUUUUACCGGAGCCGACACAACGUCAUCCUCAGUGCAGGAAUCUUCUUCGUCUCUGCAGGCCUGAGUAACAUCAUUGGAAUUAUUGUCUAUAUCUCAGCCAACUCGGGGGACCCAGGCCAGAGCGACAGCAAGAAGUCCUACUCCUAUGGCUGGUCCUUCUACUUUGGCGCCCUCUCCUUCAUCAUGGCAGAAAUGGUGGGCGUGCUCGCUGUGCACAUGUUCAUCGAGAAGCACCGCAAACUACGGGCCAAGUCCCGCACGGAGCUCAUCAAAAAGUCCGCCUUCAGCCGCAUCCCCUCCUAUCGCUACCGCUUCCGGCGCCGUUCCAGCGUGCGUUCAUCUGAGGUCCCCAGCCGUGACACCUCACCGCUGGGAAAGGGCGGCUACACAGGGCCCGCCGCUUCCGAGAUGCCCAUGUACACGCUGAACCCACGUGAGGCGGGCAACGCCGGCACCAAAGCAGGUGGUGGCGGCAUGGGAGGGCUGCUCAACUCAGAGAGGGAGUUCCUCCAGAGCAGCACGCUCACUAAAGACUACAGCAAGGACCCAAACCGCAGGACCACGCCUGUGUGA